AUGGGGGUUGCACCAUCAACUGUUGCAACCAUCCUGAAGGACCGACAAAAGAUCCUCGAGCUGCACCGAGGGUCCCAACUCGCACCGUCAAGAAAACGGCUCCGACUUGGGAACUUCCAAGACGUGGAUGCUGCAGUACUGACUUGGUUCAAGGACGCACGUUCCCAAAAUGUGCCGGUGUCGGGACCCAUGCUGCAGGAAAAAGCCCGGCAAUUCGCUGAUGCUUUGGACAUCACAGGCUUCGAGCCACUGGACCAAGGCAUCAUAAAAAGCGUCAAGGCCCAUUACCGGACACGCCUCGUUCAGCGAUUGCUGAUAAAUCUUCGGAUGAAGCUGCCUACCUCCAUCAAUGUGCUACAGGCCACAGAAAUGGUUACCGGGGCCUGGUGGAGCGUUACAUCAACCACCAUCCAGAACUGCUGGAGGAAGGCAGGCUUGGUAUCUGAAUCUGAACAAGGCAGCGAAGAAUCUGGAUCUGAAUCUGAACAAGGCAGCGAAGAAAGCGACGCGAGUGGCAUGUGGCAAGAAGUCGUGGAAAGACUCGCGAUGGAUGCCUCGGUGACGUUCGAGGACUAUGUGCAGUGCGACGACGAAGCAUGCACGUCAGCCGAACUGACGACCGAUGACAUCGUCAGUGCUGUUCGUGGUGAUAACAGCGACGAGGACGCCAAUGGCGAAGACGACGCUGAGACCGCGCCCGUUAGCCAACCAGAAGAAUCGCUUUCCAACGCCGACAUCAUGGAAUGCGUGCGAAAGAUGCGCACUUACCUUGGCAGGUGCAGCAAUGCCACCGAAGCAGAGCAUAAGAAUGUGGACAGCUUCGAAGCGUUCGUCCUGCGGCAGUUGAGCGGCACCCGCCAGGCCAAGAUCACCGACUUUUUCAAAUAA